GUGGGCAAGACCCCAUCUGAUCUGAGGCUGGGUAGCUUGUACCUCCUGCAGCAGCAUCAGGCUAGCUCACCCCCUUGGACUCAGGAUGGCUGCCUCUCAGUUUUGGUUCUCUCUUCUGGUCCUGUCCUGUUGUGUGGCUCUCUUGCUCCCACCCUGUGCUCAGGGGGCUCCACAGGAGCCAGUGUACCCUGGUGAUGAUGCCACCCCAGAGCAGAUGGCCAAGUAUGCGGCAGAACUCCGGAGAUACAUCAAUAGGCUGACCCGGCCAAGGUAUGGGAAGAGGGCAAUGGGCCAGAAAAUCUACCAGGACGGGGUGGAUUUCCUGGAAUAGAUGGUUCUGCUGUAGCAUUCCCAGGACAUCCAGUCAGCUGAAACUUCAGUGCUUCUGGCCCAUUCCCCUUCCCAUUUCCAGAGCUCUGUGGGCAGUCCUGGCCAUAGCUCCUAUCUCCUCUGAACUAAUGGCUUGGCAGAAGCUGAGCCACCGAAUUCUAUCUUCAUCCCUAUACCAUGCCUAAUAAAGCUGAGUCAAAAUCACAG